AUGGCUUCAGGAGGAAAGAGCAAUGAAGAAAUUGAUUAUAAAAGCAGAAUCUGGGUUUUGGAUCAGAAGCUUGAUCAACCUAUAGAUGCAGAGGCUAAGAAGCUUAGGAACAAGUACGAGGAUAAGCUCGCAUUCCAAAGCCUUGGAGUGGUCUAUGGAGAUUUAGGCACGUCUCCUUUGUAUGUUUUCUACAAUACAUUUCCAGAUGGAAUUGAAGAUCCAGAGGAUUUAAUUGGAGCUCUAUCAUUGAUCAUAUAUUCCCUCACUCUUAUCCCACUCCUGAAGUAUGUUUUAAUUGUUUGUAGAGCAAAUGACAAUGGCCAAGGUGGGACAUUUGCUCUUUAUUCACUACUAUGUCAACAUGCAAAAGUGAAGACUAUCCCUGACCAAGAUAAUACAGAUGAGCAGCUAACUACUUAUAGUCGUUCUACAUUCCAUGAGCAAUCUUUUGCUGCAAAGACCAAGAGAUGGUUGGAGGAACAUGCCUUCAGGAAGAAUGCACUUCUUGUUCUUGUUCUUGUUGGCUCUUCCAUGGUAAUUGGUGAUGGGAUUCUUACACCUGCUAUAUCAGUGCUGUCCGCUGUUCAAGGGAUCAAGUUAGACCACCCCAACAUGAAUAGUGAUGUAGUCGUGCUUGUUGCUGUUGUCAUAUUAGUAGGUUUGUUCUGCAUGCAACACCAUGGUGUGGAUAGGGUUAGUUGGCUCUUCGCUCCAAUUGUCCUCCUUUGGUUUCUCUUGAUUGGAGGGAUUGGCUUAUUCAACAUUUGGAAGUAUGAUACGGGUGUUCUGAAAGCCUUUUCACCGAUCUACAUAUAUCGUUAUUUCAGAAGAGGAGGGAGAGACAGUUGGCUGUCCCUUGGAGGUAUCAUGCUUAGCAUAACAGGAACCGAGGCCCUGUUUGCCGACCUAUCUCAUUUUCCUGUACCGUCUAUACAGAUUGCUUUCACAACAGUUGUUUUUCCCUGCCUACUUUUUGCCUAUUCUGGACAAGCUGCCUACCUCAUGAAGAACACAAAUCAUGUAGUUGAUGCAUUUUACAGCUCUAUUCCAGAUAUAAUUUAUUGGCCAGUACUUUUAGUUGCAACAGCAGCUGCUGUUGUUGCAAGCCAAGCCACCAUAUGUGCAACUUUUUCAUUAAUCAAGCAGGCUCUUGCACUUGGCUGUUUUCCAAGAGUCAGAAUUGUACACACAUCAAAAAGGUUUCUAAGCCACAUAUAUCUUCCAGACAUUAAUUGGAUCCUUAUGAUUCUCUGUGUUGGUGUGACAGCUGGUUUUAAAAAUCAAAGCCAAAUUGGAAAUGCUUCUGGAACUGCAGUCGUGAUAGUCAUGCUGGUGACCACAUUGCUUAUGAUUCUAGUCAUGCUAUUAAUAUGGCGUUGCCAUUGGAUUAUUGUCCUGAUCUUCACGGGUCUAUCACUGGUAGUGGAGGUUACUUACUUUUCUUCUGUGCUCUGCAAGGUCAAUCAGGGUGGUUGGGUUCCCCUUGUUAUCGCCUUCGCAUUUUUUAUCAUCAUGUACGUGUGGCAUUAUGGUACCAAGAAACGUUAUGAGUUUGAGGUGCACAGUAAGGUUUCAAUGGCUUGGAUUCUUGGGCUUGGUCCCAGUUUAGGACUAGUUCGUGUCCCUGGAAUUGGACUCGUAUACACUGAACUAGCAAGAGGAGUGCCACAUAUGGCUAUAAAGACCUCCAUAAGAGAUGAAGAUUUUGAGAAAAAACUCUUCGACGGUCUUUACACAUUUGUCCGGCUUGAGUCCAUGAUGGAUGGAUGUUCAGACUCAGAUGACUACAGUAUAUAUGGCCAGGAAACUGAGCAGCCGAGUGAUGUCCUUCUGAAUCACACUGGCAACACAAUGCCAUUGAACGUUGAUGCAACGAUUUCAUCAGGAGAUUCAAUCAUAUCUGUUAAUGGCCAUCUGCAGAAUAACACUGCCACUGCAUCAUCUGGUCUUCUAAGCAGCCCGGCUGAGGUAAAUGAGUUAGAAUUUUUGAGUGUCUGUAGAGAUGCUGGUGUUGUACACAUACUGGGGAAUACAGAGGUGCUGGCACGAAGGGAUUCAAAGUUCUGUAAGAAAAUAGCUAUUGAUUAUAUAUAUGCUUUUCUUAGAAAGAUUUGCACACAGAACAGUGCAGCUCUCAAUGUUCCUCAUGAAAGUCUCUUAAAUGUAGGACAAAUCAUUCAUGUAUAG